AUGAGCCCUACGAAGUAUCCGGGGGCGAGAUUGGCCAACCGAUGGAUUCGACGAGUAAAAUGUGGUGAGGAGAAGCCAUAUUGUCUUCGGUGCCAAAAGUUUGGACGAACUUGCGAUGGCUACGCGGCCCUUCCGUCAAGACGAGGGCCUGUGGUAGCCCCAAUACAACCUCGAACUCCAUCCCUAAGCUUAUACAGCCCGAGUAGUUCUAUCCAUGGCACAGAAGACGAAAGCCGGUACUUCCAAGCUUUCGUUGAAUUUUCAGCACGCGAGUUACCUGGCUACUUUGAUGCCGACUUCUGGAGCAGAGUUGUCUUGCAGGAGAGUCAUGCUGUUGCCUCUAUACGCCACGCGGUCAUUGCUAUUGGAGCGCUCAACAGGGGCUUAGAAAAGGCGUCAAGGUCUCUAAUAAAAGCCAACGUUAUACAAGAUAUUGACAAGAGGCACCAUGAGCACGCAGUUCUCCAUCACCUCAAGGCUGUUCAAUCUCUGAACCGGUAUCUUUCGAUGUCUCGCCCGCCGCAACUGAGGGUCGCACUUAUAAGUUGCCUCCUUUUCAUCUGUUUCGAGACCCUCCUUGGAAGUUACGCGUCUGGUAUCCAACAGACAUACGGUGGACUUAAAAUCUUACGAAGUUACUUCGCUGGAAGGCCUGGCUCAAAACCUCGGAUACCUCAACGAAACCUACCUCAACGAUUCCUACCAGAUGCUAAAUCCAGAUCAGGGCAGGUCAGCAAAGCUCUGCAGACUAGGCAGGGCUGCGACAAUAUAUAUAAGGCAAGAGUUAUCGCUUUGCAUGUCGAACAAUAUCUUGAAGUCGAGAAUAAUCCGCGCCUGGAUGGAGAAAAGAGAGGAGCAGACUGUGUAGAACAAGUCGCUGUUCCUCUUGCCGCUUUGACAGGAACUGACUAUAGCAAGGAGCAGCAGCAAAUGAUGAUGUCGGCUCCUACUAAUGAUCAUACACUUGAGUCCUCCAGUGCAUCAGCAGACCAAUUCGUGCAGACCGCUGCAGAGAAUUCUAUUGUUGGAAAUACUACCUUCGGAAUACCAGCCGCUGUUCGAAAAUCAUCGUCCAUCUUGUCAAAGUCCACAGUUUCGACACCCGGGGCCCACUCAUUCCCGGAAUCACCAAGGCACCCCUCGUCCAUAUCCCCAUCCCAAGCGCCAUUUGCUAGUAUUAAACGUCCACUGGAAUCGAUUCCGGUACCUCCCAUCCUCCAUCACGAUUUAGAUCUAGAAGAAAGCCUCAUCCAGACACUUGUCAGACUCGAAGGCAACAGUAUAUUCUUUGGAAUGCCUCCCGGGAUACCCCCCUUGGUCUGGGAUGUCCACAGAGUUUACCAUCUCCCCAUACCUUCCUCGUUUCCGGACUUCUCCUCGGCGCAGCGUAGUUGGGAUUUUCUCAUGGAUCGAGCUUUGAAAUUCUACAGGCGUACAUUUUUCAACAAGACAUACGCGCCUACCAGGAGUGACCCACCAGCCAAAAUCGCAAGCCAAUUCGCAUCCUUUAUGCGACAACUCUCGGCAUUCGAGAAGGCCUUUCGUCCUUUUCUUAGCAAAGCCAUCGAGGCGGACGGCACAAUUUGCAAUCCCGCGGCUCUUGUCAUAUCACUGUAUCAAAAAUGCACUCUGAUUACUCUCGCUACCGUAUGCAAUGCCUCCGAGAUGGUUUACGAUUCCUUCUUCUCAGAAUUCCAAUACAUAACGCGCACAUGCUCUCGUCUGGCAAGAUCCCAACGCAACUCAGGGAUUCCAAAGGACGCUAGGUUUACUUUCGAGGUCGGGCUGGUCCCCCCUUUACACGUAACGGCAACAAAAUGUCGUGAUCCAACGAUCCGACGCGAAGCUAUUGAAUUGCUCCUUGCGACUCCGCGGCAGGAAGGGAUGUGGGAUGGCGUCUUGAGCGGCAUGAUCGGGGAGUGGAUCGCUUCAUGCGAAGAAGAGGGGCUUUCUCCUCCGCCUCUUGGCUCAUCACAACAACCAAGCGUGCACGUUCCACCUAGGGAGUAUGAAGCAGCAGACGACAAGGGAUUCAGCUCCCCGGGGGGCUCACAUCUUGGCGACGAGAUCAAAAUUUCAGGGGGGUGGGAGAAUGGGAAAAGGAUGUCCAAGCUGGUAAUUGACGCUGUCGGAGGGGACUUCACGGAAUAUGCAUCUGAUGAACCUGAUUGUACUGUGGAAGGAUCAGGGAUAAUCCCAAGUCAAGCAGAGGGAAGAAGAGAAAGACCAGUCUUGAGGAGUGGUUGGACGGUACCUGAGAAGAACCGAGUCCAGUUAAUGGUUGUGGACUUUCACAUCCCGGAACGGUUCAUCAAGGUUAAGUGUCAGGGGGUGCUGGUAAGUGAUGAUGGUACGAGGAAGGAGAGAGAGAAGGUUAUAUAUUGGUAG